AUGAUUAUUAAUUUACCAUUUGAAACUGAAGAUGAUAUCGAAAACUUAUGCACAAAAGUUGACAACGGUAUUCUUAUAGUCGACGGUUUCAACGAGUUGGUAAAAUGUACAAUGAUUACCUUAAAACAGAUUGAAAUUACAGAUUUGAUUAGCCAAGAUUCUAACGUUGAGAAACUUGUAUUUAUACCACUGAAUGAGAGCAGAGUUCAGUGGACUGAAGAUGCCUAUGUAUCGGCUGGUCAAGCAAAAGCUGACGCUUACGAGUAUCAAACGAAUCGAAUAAUAAUUGUUAGAGAGCGUACUGAUCAAUGUUUAUUAUAUCAACUAAAACUGGAUAAAAGAUAA